UCAAGGUGAAAGGAUGCAAAAAUACCACCAGAGUCAAUAAUGGGAUUAUUUAGGCAGGUUUUUGGAAUUUAUAGUUGGAUUUGGCCUCUUCUGGUGAUAAUAUACAUCACAUUCACAGAUGCUGAAAAGUGCAAGACAGGACAAUUCUUUGAUAGUGCCAUUGGCCGCUGUCGCCCAUGCUUUGAGAAAUGUCAGCCUGGUGACCUUCGUAAGUUAUGUCCUGAGUCCUGUAAAGGUUGGAAUGCGACUACGCCAAGUCCCAAGUGCCAUAAGGGUGAAUAUUGGUUGGAGGCUCUCGGUCGGUGCUACAAGUGCUCAAUAACCUGCUCACAAGUUCUUGAAGGUGGGAAAGACGUAUGUCCUCUGGAAUGUGUUGGAUGGAAUAAGAAGAAACCGAGUCCAAUUAAACCGAGUCCAACUAAACCGAGUCCAACUAAAGGAUCCAACACCAAGAAUUCACGGCCAAACAUGCGGACUGCUGAUGAUGACGACAAGAGUCACACACUUUCCUGGCCAUAUGGCGUCGGACUAGUCAUAGUAGUUGUUCUCAUGCCUGUGACUGUCGCUGGUGUUAGAAAGUGGAGGAAGAGGAACCACCAGGGAUCAAUAAGAGGGCAACAACAGGGAGAAGACAUCGAAAUGCACCCACUUAAUAACCCAGCAAACAAUCCUGGCGAUCUUCAAGCCCCAAGAGCCAAUGGGGAUAAUGCCAACAUAGGUGGAAAUGAGGUGCUUGUAGAGAUUGAGAAAGAAGCACCAGCACAUCUUCCCAUCGAAACUUUAGACAACGGUGAUUGCAGGCAAUGCACCCUCGUAGAGUAGUGAAGGAACUGUAAGGAGUCAUGAUUUUUCUAAAGUCCUAAUAACUAUUUAGGGGUCAUUGUUUUCAAAACCAAUACUAAAAGAAAUAUUGGUGACAAAAUCCUCUUUUAAGCCUUGCAAAAAUGUGUGUAAAUCUAAAAGACUCUCAUCCCAGGGUUUCCGCCAGGAAUUUACGUUAGGGGGGGGCACAAUCCGGAAAAAAAAAGAAAAAAAUUUUUUUUGGCUAGAUGCCCGGAGUUUGCGUUUUCCGAGCAUUUCAGAGCCAAAAACUCACGCGUAAAAAAACACCGGUUUUCCUACAUGAAGUUUUGAAAAUCGGCAAAAGAAUGCAUAGAUAGUGAUAAAUACAUGUCGUUGAAAUGUUAUGAAAAUACAGCUGAUGAGUCCCUCUCAAGUAGUCUGUUUGCUACUGCCUGACACAUCCUGUUGUCAGUAACUGAUAAGGACAUUAUAGUGAUUCACACCUUAUCUUAUCUCUUUCAUUUAGCUUAAAAAAGAGAUAUUUUGAAAUCAUUACUCAGCAAAGUUGAGGGGGCCCCCCCCCCUCUGGCAGAAACCCUGCAUCCAUAAUCUAAUUUAUUGGGUUCAUCAUAUGUUUGAGAUGGUCCCGAAGGGAAAAAAAUCGGAACUAAAAUCUGAGGUUUUUAUUGCGAUUUGUUUUCUAUGUGAAAAUUAAGUGAACGCAUCAAGUAAAGCAACUGAGACCUAUAUUUACAGUUACACGUAUGUUUUUUAAGCUUUGAAUAAGACAAUCUUCCAAAGUUAAAAGCUUGCAGACAAAUGCCUCUUCAAAUGCCCACCUCAAAGAACUUUUGUUGUAUUUUAUCCAUUUGUUCACUUCGCUAGUGUGUUCAAAGCUCAAAAGUUUUCAGCAGUUGUUUCACUGACAGACACUUCAUUUUCACACACUUAUUUUGAUGGAUCUGUUUCACAGAUAAACUUGAGGUAAUUACAGCAACCCUCUGGCAACAUGGACGAAUGGUCUUGUCACUUCUAAGGAGUGAAGAAGACGACCAACCAAGAUGCCUCAGAAGUGUCCACAAACAUAAAUAUUUUCACCAAUUAUUUUGUCAAAGGUAAAGGCUUUGGCAUUUUUUUGAGACACCAUGAAUGUACCAUAAAAUUCAAGGUAGAUAUAUUUGCCCAAGUCAAAUCAAAUUUUAACAAUAUUUCUUCAGCCAGUGACUCAUAGAUCAUAUAGCAGCCUAGUUAAAGUACUCAAAGUAUUCAAAGAAAAAAAAGAAUUCUAGGUCGACAGGAAAUAACAUGUGGCCAAAGUGUUGGUGAAAUGCUUGAUCCAUUAAAGUGAGAUUGAGAAUACAAAACCCCAUUCUGACAGUUAGCCAUACAUGAACCUAUAUCGCAAGAGCAAAAAAGAAAGAAAUGUUAUUUCAGCUUCUCAGCAAGUGUUCUUACCAUUCCAGAAAUUUCACAACAAGAGAAUGUAAGCAAUUAUACAAAAGUAUCAUACACAAAAACACAAUGAGCUAACUGGAAUAAUGGGGUUUGACUGUAAAUAUUGGAAUAACCGAGUAAAAUGUUACCUCCAUAACAAAGCAUUGCCUUUUCAUAAUUGCUACAGAUGUCUGGGUUUGCAAAUCCCUUCCUAAGGAAGGGAUUUGCAAAUUUUACUCAAAGGGAAAGCCAAUUUUACUCAAAGGGAAAGACAAUUUUACUCAAAGGGAAAGCCAAUUUUACUCAAAGGGAAAGCCAAUUUUACUCAAAGGGAAAGCCAAUUUUACUCAAAGGGAAAGCCAGUCAUCUUUGUCAUGGUGGUACUCAUUUUAUGAUGACGUUUUGAUCAAAAAUAUUACCACAUUAAAUGACACAGAAACAAGGUCUAAUAGGCUCAGAUUUUUGUAAGCAGAGAAAAUAUGGUAUAAUGCUGUAUCCCAGAGAAAUGAAAUUACCGAUCUUCUUCUUCCGUAUACUAGGACAUGUUCAUCAAACCGACCAUUAUCCCCAGGGUCUUUUGAUCAAGCUACUCAUGUUUCUAACGUUCUCCCCGGGAUCGAACCUGGGCCAUAUUGCAUGGUAGCCUGCAGUUGCAGUGUUAACCAUUAGACUAUGAGGCUGUUAACAAAAAUUAUUGUGUUGUUGGCAUUGUGUCCCAUGUGGACCUUUGCCAAGUAUUAAAAUUCAAAAUAACUUUUGACAGCCCUGUCAUUUGCAUGAUAGUCCCCUGUAAAAGUUAUUUGAUGUCCAGGAUUUAUAGUCACCAUAGAGGACUCCCUUUCCAGGAUCCUGGAAAUCAAAUACUUCUCUGAUUUAAAGCAUUGAACUGCCGGACCUUCUUUUUGUCUCAUUUGUGUGAACUUGUGUAAUGUGUAUAUGUUAUUUAGCCCACUGUACAAAAAGCUUAUACUACGUGUAUAGGCCUAAAAAGACGCAUCAAAACCAGCUUUGAAUUAACUUGUACCCAGCAAUCAGUAACAAUUUAGAAUCAAUUUAGAAUCAUGAUUAUUUGCAUAAUAUUAAUAUCUGACUAAUCAAUCAUCUUUUUACAUUGCAACCUUACAUUAUAUCUCAGAAUUAUAGAUUGCUUGUAUAACAUCUUAGAUUUUGAUAAAUCUUUACCCAGCUUCAUGAUAUCCAAACUUGGAACUACAUCUCAGGUUGAUAUUUUGAACAAAAGAUUUUGUAUCAUAAUGUAGCUAUUGUUGGCUCCGCCGUCUUUGGAAUAUAAUACAGUUGUGGUUAAAUAAAAUCUUCUUUUUGCGUUCUUGGUACCAAUAAUGACCCAGUAAUAACUACGUCACUUCUUUAAUUUUGCACCUUCACCUCUUCUGGUACAUUAAGCCCAAAAAAACAUUUGAUUUCAGGCCUUCCUCCGAACUCUAGUUAAACGCUGAAUUUUGGGAAAAAAUGUAUGUCUGUUGGGAACACGUCAUAAAAUCACAAAGGUUUGAGUGGAAUACAUGUUCAGAGUUUAA